CGAUAUCAUCUUGCGAAUAACAUAACAUACCUGUAACAUGUCUCGUUUCCUUCUCGUUGCGUUCGCCAUUUUGGCAACCUUUUCUGUUUUAAUACUGGCGGGUUGUCCACCUAAUGAAGUGUGGAAUGACUGCGGUACUGCUUGUCCACCUACUUGCGAGAAUCCUAAUCCCGAAUUUUGCAUUGAGAUAUGCGUUCCAGGCUGCGAAUGUGCACCAAAUUAUCUUAGAAAUGAUCAGAGUAAAUGUGUACUACAAAGAAAUUGUUAAUUUUUUUUGAGGCACGAGAAAAAUUACUUCCUAUGGAGGGGACUAUUAUUUUAGGACUGCUUUACGAAUUAUUUUCACGAAAAUUCCUUUUUCAACGCGUUAAAUUCAACUCU